GGGUUCGUCUUCGUCUCGGAGGUCCAGUUCAUCUCCGUGGAGGACCUGCGCGCCGUGGACGCGCUCUGGCUGGAGCACAGCGGCGGCAGGUUCGGGUACAGCGUGCAGCGCCGGGUUUGGGAGAAAUCGCUGCGCGAGUUCACCCGCUUCUUCAUCAGGAUCGGGUGGAUGAAGAAGCUGGACACCGAGGUGGAGCAGUUCAACUACAGGGCCUUCCCGGACGAGUUCAUCUGGGAGCUCACCGACGACACGCCGGAGGGCCACCUGCCCCUCACCAACGCCCUCAGGGGCACGCGACUCCUGGAGAACAUCUUCACCCACCCCGCCUUCGACUGCGAGGAAGAGGAGGCAGCUGCAGCAGAUGAGGAGGCUGGCACGGGCAGUGCCACUGGUCAGAAUAACAAGGAUGACAAGAAAAGCAGGGGGAGGUCAAAGAGUUUGACAGAUUUCAAGCCUGACUACUCCUUUUAAGGAGCGUGCAAGUUUGUGAUGAUGCUGUCAAUGGGGCAGCUGAUUUUAAAAAAAGUCAUGUUUCUGUAGUUCGUUUUGGUUGUUUCUGUACUGAACAUGCAUGCAAAUUUGUGACCAUAUAUAUUAUAAAGAUAAGUGUUUGAGAA